UUCCCACAAUACAAGGCAGCGUCUCAUGGUUCAUUCAAGCCCAACACACAGUGUUUGACGGGCUAAAGCGACGUACACUCACUCCGAGCCGGUGGAAUUACGGUGCCCGGUGGACCCACGCUUACUUACCGAACGUCGGCACCAGCUAGCUUGUCAUGUCGGACGUCAGCGAAGUUUUGAUGUCGGUUUUGUCCACAAUUCGGGUACCGAAGCCCGGGGACCGCGUCCACAAAGAUGAAUGCGCCUUGUCAUUUUCCUCCCCGGAAAGCGAAGGAGGCUUGUACGUGUGCAUGAACAGCUUCCUGGGCUUUGGAAGCCAGUAUGUGGACAGGCACCACGCUCGGGCUGGGCAGAGGGCUUACUUGCACAUCACCAGGACUCGGAAGGCCAAGAAGGAAGACGACAAUAACUCUGGAUCAGGACACCCGCCCAAGAAGAAGCCCACCAGAUUGGCUAUAGGGAUUGAAGGUGGUUUUGAUGUGGAGCAAGAGCACUAUGAGGAAGAAUACAAGGUUGUCAUCUUUCCUGACAAACAGGAAGUCACAACAGAGGACCUUGGAGCCAUGCCUGAUGUCGUUAAAGAGCGGGUGUCCUUGUCCAUGACGGGCAUCAUUGCCGCCGACUCAGUGUCUCACACCUUGCAAGUACAACAGUGGGACGGGGAGGUGAGACAGGAGUCACGAUAUGCGGCUGACCUCAAGCAGCUUGACAACGGCGUCAAGAUCCCUCCCAGUGGCUGGCGGUGUGAAGUGUGCGGUCUCCAGGAAAAUCUCUGGAUGAACCUGACGGACGGCAAGGUGCUUUGCGGUCGCAAGUACUUUGAUGGAUCGGGCGGCAACAACCACGCCCUGCUCUACUUCCAGGAGACGGGAUACCCGCUGGCGGUCAAACUUGGAACCAUCACCCCCGACGGAGCAGAUGUUUAUUCUUACGAUGAGGAUGACAUGGUGCUAGACUCCAAGUUACCAGAGCACCUUUCUCACUUUGGCAUCGACAUGAUGACUAUGGAGAAAACUGAGCGGACCAUGACAGAGCUGGAGAUUGCCGUGAACCAGCGCGUCGGGGAGUGGGAGGUCAUCCAAGAGUCCGGGACCACCCUGCGUCCGCUGUUUGGCCCCAGCCUGACUGGCAUGAAGAACCUGGGCAAUAGCUGCUACCUCAACUCUGUCAUGCAAGUGCUCUUCACCGUUCCAGACUUCCAGAGCAAGUAUGUGUCUAACAUCGACAAAAUUAUUGACGAGGCCCCAAGUGACCCCACUCAAGACUUCAAAACCCAAGUAGCCAAACUGGGCUACGGCCUGUUGUCAGGUGAAUAUUCCAAACCAGCACCGGAUCCUGUGGAUGAAAAUAGUGCAGCUGAGGCCAAGGAUUACCAAAUCGGCAUAGCACCAAGAAUGUUCAAAGCACUUGUUGGGCGAGGCCACAUGGAGUUCUCUACCAAUCGACAGCAAGAUGCUCAGGAAUUUCUAUUGCACUUCAUAAACAUGGUGGAGAGAAACUGUCGCUCGGGGCCUAACCCUUCUGAAGCCUUCAGGUUCUUGGUGGAGGAGAGGAUUGUGUGUCAGCAGUCCCAGAAGGCCAAGUACACACAGCGAGUGGAUUACAUCAUUCAGCUGCCUGUGCCCAUGGACCAGGCCAUCAACAAAGAUGAACUGCAGGAGGCGGAGCGCCAACGUGAGAACGGUGACUCGACAGCCACGCCCGUGCGAGCACAAAUUCCCUUUGCGGUUUGCAUGGCGGCCCUCAGCGAACCUGAACUCCUUACGGACUUCUGGAGCUCAGCUGUGCAGACCAAGACUACUGCCACCAAAACAACCCGCUUUGCCUCAUUCCCUGACCACCUGGUUAUCCAGAUUAAGAAGUUCACAUUUGGCCUUGACUGGGUCCCCAAGAAACUGGAUGUGAGCAUUGACGUCCCCGACACUCUGGAUCUGAGUGCACUUCGUGCGUCAGGGCAGCAGCCGGGAGAGGAGCUCUUACCAGAGGUGGCUCCGCCCCCACUCAUGACCCCUGAUGUGGAGGUCAAAGGUAUCCUGGGCUCCCACGGCAACGAGGAGGACGACUCUCUCUACUCCCCACUGCUGUCUCCGGUCCUCGACGACUGCACAGUUUCGCAGCUGUGUGACAUGGGCUUCCCCUUGGAAGCGUGCAGGAAAGCCGUGUACUACACUGGGAACACUGGCAUCGACUCUGCCAUGAACUGGGUGAUGGGCCACAUGGAUGAUUCAGACUUCUCUACCCCCUUGGUAUUGCCCGGCUGUAGUGGCGGGACCACGCCGACGAUGGAGAGCGUCUCAGAGGAACACCUGGCAACCAUCGUCUCUAUGGGCUUCAGCCGAGAACAAGCCACCAAAGCACUUCGAGCAACGAGCAAUACUCUGGAGCGAGCCGUGGACUGGAUUUUCUCACACCUGGACGACCUGGAGUCCAUGGAGGUGUCAGAGGGAGGCCGCUCGGCUGCCGAGAGCGAGGUCGCUCGGGAGCCUCCUCCCGGGCCUUGCGUCAGAGACGGACCAGGCAAAUAUGAACUGUUUGCCUUCAUCAGCCACAUGGGCACGAGCACAAUGUGUGGCCACUACGUCUGUCACAUCAAGAAGGAUCAGCAGUGGGUCAUCUUCAAUGACCAGAAGGUGUGCGCCUCCGAGAAACCCCCCAAGGACCUGGGGUACCUCUACUUCUACCGGCGGAUGUCUGAAUGAGACUGAGGGUGCUCCUGUAGCACUUUUUGGGGGGGUGAAAGUGGCGAGUGUGGAUCCUAACACACACACACACACACACACACACGCAGCUUUUAUUACCGCACACACUUACCUACAAGCUCUUUGAAAGAAAGACCCUGACCCAUGUCAUAAUUGUAAAUACUCUUUCUUGACUGCUCACUAUUUGGCUGAGUUUUUUUUUCUUUUUUUUCUUUUUUUCUUUAGUCCAUGUUUUCAAAAGUAAAUCCUCCAUGAAACAAACUCUCACAUAAGGCCUCACUUAGCCUCUAAUAUUCCAUAUCUUCUGUUGGUUUACAUUGCAUGACUUCCCCCUUGAAAAGUACAGCACACUUCCUUCCAACCCUGCCCUCUCCUUCUCACAAUUGGACGUCACUUUAGCCAAGUCAGCCUCCAAGUUAUUCAUUCAUUCAGAGCGUUGAGCUCAUGUCCGCUCCAGUGAGUGCUGUGAAAGAAAAUAAAAACACCAAAUCAACCUUG